CAAUCGUAUAGAGAAAAAAGUAACACUUGUAAGUUAAGUGUAAAAUCUUACAAGCUUGAUGCUCUACUUUACUGACAUAUAUAGUACUUUAAUUUAAAGAUAAAUAUCUACUCGGAUAUAUAUAAGUGUUUGCAUAUAUAACUAAAAAAAUUAGAAAUUAAAAAAGGGGGAUGAUUGUAUAGUAAAUAUCGCAUAGCAUAAAAUGGAAAUACAAUGCCGCAUAUAAAAAUAUUAUAUAGUUGCUAGUACAACCAUGAAAUCUAAAAAUAUGAAUGAAUGAGGUACCAUUUAUUAUGUUUCAUCAAGAACAUGAAACUGAAGAUGAUGGGGAAGAAGAGAUUAUGAAGAUUAUGUUGUCAAAGAAAAUUAUAACUCAUAAGCACAAAAAAUAAUCAUUAAUAAAAACAAUGAAAUUUGAAAUACAACUGAGACGUUAGUGAAAGUAAAAAGAAACACGACAGAUAUUUAUACUAAUAUGUAUAGUGACUCUAAAUUAUUCUUUCAAAAUUAUUAAAAUUAUGAAAGAUUUGAAUAAUUAUGAUAUUGAAUUUCGGGCUUCUCAUCUUAAAUAAUGGAAGGUUAGAAGCUUAGAGUGAUUAUGAUGACUAUUAAAAUAGAGAAAAGACAUAAAAUCACCACUGAAGUUGUCUCGAAUUUUUAAAAAGACACUUUAACUUUUUGGGUGUCCUAUUACCCCACGAAACUAUCUGAAUCCACAAUAAAUAUACCAUUUUGACUAAUUUUAACAUCACUCGUGUUGUCACGAAAUAUGGACGCGUGAAGGACUCUUGAUACUGCUUCAGACCAACGUAAAAUUGCAUGAAGGACUACGAAUUCAAAAUCAAGGCUGGAACACUCACAAGAACACAAAAAAAGAAGAAGUCAUAGCUGCCUAGCUUUUGAAUAAUUUCAUACAUGUUUAGGCUUUAGCAAAGGUUGUUCAUCUUUUCUUGUUUUUUGUGAAAUAGCGAGUUCUAGAUUUGAGAUUGACAACGCCUUCAGUUCACUAUCCCACAAAAGAGCGGAAGAGUCCCAUGGGAUUCAACAAUACAUUGUUGCAUGAAGCUUGCAUAUCUUGUACAUGGAGUCCGCACAUACAGUUCCAAAUAUAAUAGUAGUAUCAAGAGCCCUUCUUCUUGAGGGAUCUGUGAUGGCAAAGACAUAAGUUUUUCCUUCAGUUCUUCUAAGGUGAGUGAGCUGAGCAACAAUAACAUGACAUCCACCAGCUUCUUGGGUGUAUGUCCUCCUAUGUUUACGAUUAUCCAUCUCACUCUCUCUACAAAUAUAUCUCUUUAUCUCUCCAUACAUACACAUAUAUAUAUAGUAUGUGGUUCUUGACAAGUAAUAAGUGCCCAUAUAUAUUGGUACAAAAUUUAAGAGCAAGGGGGGACACGUGGCACAGGGUGGAGUGAAUGAAGAGAAGUUAUUCACCGGGAUAGAUAUGAUUGGGAAAAUGAGUAUUGACCGGAAACGAAAUAACUAUAUACUACUAGUUUUUUUGUCCCAAAAUAAGUAUCACUUUAGCUCAUUUCAUGCCCAUUAAGGAAAAUAAUAAAUUGAAGGUAUAGUUUACUAAGUUGCCUCUAUUUAUUAGAUUUUUUUUUUUAUAAUUGAGCACUAUUAAAAAGUAGUAGCUCUUUAAUAUAAGAGUAUAGUCGAAAAAUGCAUACUCAUUUUUUAAAUGCUAAUACUCCUUUUACCCCAAAAAAUAAGUGCCACUUGAGCAAAAAACAUUGUUCCAAAACAAGUGUCUUUGUAGGAAUUCUAGACCAAAAUUAGUAUGCUUUUUCAAUCAUCAAAAACAUCUAACAAAUAGAGCUAACUUAGUAAACUAUACUUCAAUUUAUUAUUAUCCUUGACGGGCAUGAAAUGAACUAAAGAGAUAAUUAUUUUGGACAAAGGAAGUAGUAGUAUAUAGUUAUGUCGUUUCCUGUCAAUGCUCAUUUUCCCAACAGCGAAAUCAUAUUUAUCCUAGUGAAUACCUUCUUCUCGUUCAAUCUGCCUAGGUGCCACGUGUCCCCCCUUUCUCUUAAAUUUUGUAGCUAUAUAUAUGGGCACUUAUUAGCUGGCAAUAGCCACAUACUAUACACAUAGAGAGAGAGGGAGAUAUUUGUAGAGAGAGAGUGAGAUGGAUAAUGGUAAUCAUGUUGGUGGUUCAGGAAAUGGAGGAUUUCAUAGCUAUCGCAGAUCUCCACAACCAAAUCCUGCACAUUCCCCUUCCUCUGAUAUGGAGAUGAUCUUGGAACUGCCUUCUCAUCUCAACCAGGCAGUUGUUGAAGGCAUUAUUCAGGAGCAAGACCAAUUCAUGCCAAACGUGGCCAGAAUCAUGCAUAGAACCUUUCCUCCCCAUAUCAAGAUAUCCGAUGAUGCAAAAUGGACCAUGCACGACUGUAUCUCUGAGUUCAUAUGCUUCGUAACAUACGAAGCCAAUGCUCGUUGCCAGCGUGAGCAGCGGAACACCAUCACUGAUGAAGACGUGCAUUGGGUCACUAGCAAGUUUGGUUUUGAUGACUACAUUGAACCCUUGCCUUUGUACUUGCCUCGUUAUCAUGAGGAUGAUGGUGGUGAGUGUGGAUCCCUGAUAGGAGAGUCUUUGUUGAAGCGUCCAAUGGUUGAUACAGCUUCAAACUGCAACAUCACGCCCUAUCACCAGCCUCCUAAUUUUCCUAUGGCUCAUCACCACUUGGGGUAUCCACCACCAAUGGGAAAUGGUGAUAUGCAGGGGGAUGCAUCAAAUGGAAGCACUUCUCAGUGUGCAAUGGAUAAUGAUGUUGAGUUUCCUUCGGAGGGGGGUAAGGAGUGAUCAAUUUCUCCACUAAAGGUGUUAAGUUGUUAUUGAAGCUUCAUGAGCAAUGAAGAAAUCAGACUAUCUUUUCUAUGUUACCUAAUCUAGGAUAAUUCUUAAUUUGCAAAGUUUAGGAACGUGUCUUUCGAACUAAGUGAGCCAAAUGGUGGCCCCUUCAAUUGGCUGUUUACUUAAGUGUGUAUGUGUUUGUGUAUUUGUAUGUAUAUUUGCCCUUGUGCUAUGAAAAAAUUGGUCA